AUGCCAGAAAGAAGGAUCAAAGUUCGAGCAGAACAUGUUCAAAAGACGUUUUAUGAGCGAUUCUUACAAGUUCUGCGGAAGGGAACCGAAGAUAAGAAUCAGAAGUCGGUUGUGCAUAAAGCGUUCUGCAGUCUGAAGAGUUACCCGCUCGAAGUUUCCACGAUUACGGAUCUCAAGCACAUUCACGGAAUUGGCGAAACGCUUGCUGUUCGUUGUCAUUCGGCAUGGGAGGCAGCUUGUGCAGCUCAUCCGUCUGGUUUCGAUCUCAAAACUGUCAAAAAUUUAAGCGAUGAAGACUUCAUUAGUUUCAUUAGCGCUGCUGAAAGGCUAAGAACUGGCUCGUUCGUUCAUCCUACCCUGAAGUCGCAGACAACAACAGCAACAGCAAUCGCCGCAGCAACAACCACAACAACAACAGCAACCACGGCGAAUAUUACUGGAGGCUUCGAAAAGCCAACAGAAGGAGGCGAAAGUGCGACGUUGGAAAGGAACGACAAAGCAUCUCAUGCUUCGAUGGAAUUUCGAGAGAAUGAACGCGUUCUCCAGCAUUUUCACCUGGAAUCGGAAAGUUCAAUCAGAAACGCUGCUGAAGGAACAUUCUCUGAAAAUAUCACCUACGUCGUUUGUCAACCAAGCGAUCAAGUUGAGGUUAUACUGAUCGCAGACCUCCGUGAAAAUAAUGCAAACUUUCGUGGAGAGACUGUAGUUGGAUGUCUAACCAAAUCGCACCAUCGGGUUGAAAUGCGGCCUCUUUCAGUUGGUGACUAUCUAUGGGUCGCUCGCAAAGUCGAUGGAACUGAGAUGGUUCUAAACUGGGUGGUUGAACGGAAAACAUGGAGUGAUCUCCACCAGAGCAUCAGAUCGGGGCGGUACGAAGAACAGAAGCAACGUCUACGUCGUUCUCCUAUGAAAAAUUGUGUCUACUUAGUGGAAGGGACUCUAACGCCUCAGUACAGUGCCAGUGAGCAGGCACUUGCGACGACCUUAGUCAGUGAUGGAUUUAUGAUUCAACGCGUCAAGUCACCAUUUCACAGUGCUCAGUUUUUACUGAGUAUCACUGAAUACCUCAAGACUUUGGUUGCAAGACGUCAGAUGAGUGGAAUAGCUUUCGAAUAUCUUCAAGAAUGGUCGAAAAAGGCUCAUGCUGAAUCAGUUAAAGACACAUGGACGAGACAAAUGAUGGUGUGCCCUGGAAUGUCUUCGGACCGAGCGCAGACGGUUGCAAAUCGGUACCCCUCGAUGAUGUCAAUGAUGCAAUUGUACUACUCUUCUCAAAUCGACCAAACCAACUCGGUACUUUCAUCGGCAGUUCCUGGACUCAGUCAGGCUCUCAGCACUCAGAUGAGCAAGUUUUUUUCGUCUGUUCUUGACUGA